AAAUGGCGGUUUGAGGAUCGAAAAGUGAGAAAUGUCAACAGUGCAUCAGUGAAAAAAGUUGUUUACAAAUUCAAUUUUGUGCAAUUUUCUCAAUUUUCCGCAAUGGGAGGCUGUCGAUGUGCAUUUCAGACAUGUGAAAAUAACAGUGCCAACUCCCCCAAUAUGCACUUUUUCCAUUUUCCCGCCAAAAAGAUGGAAUUGUGCAAAACAUGGGCAAAAUUCGCCAAUCGAAUUGACUUCCUGAGCUUGCCCCUGGACAAAUUGAAGAACAAAGUAGUCUGCCAGAGCCAUUUCAAGAAGAACUGCUUCAUGAAUUAUCUGCAGAACAGCCUUGUGAAAACUGCCUAUCCCACCUUGAUGCGCUUCGGGGAUGUGGUGAUAGACCUGGAGAGCGAUAGUUCGGAUGAUAUUCAGGCGAAGCUUCAGGCCAAGGGGCUGUAUUCGGUGGAUCUGCAUGUUCCAGAUGAGAUGCUGGACAAGGAUGCUGAAGGGACGCAGGAUACCUUUGUCAUUGACAUGCUGCAGAGCAAUGAGGAGGACAUUAAUGUGGCGCCGGGUGAGAAUCUCAUGAUUUCCGGAGUGGCCAGAGCACCAAGCAGUCAGCCGAACUUUAUAUUUGAGGUCCUGGAGGACAAACGCAUUUCGCCGAAGAAGGACAUGAAGGAAGUUAAGGAGCCCACGAUACUCAAUGCCACGUACAACAAAGUCAUCCGGGCGAAGGGACCAACGCAGAAUGUCGGCUGUGUCACAAAGAGAACUCCCCGGAAAGCUGUUGUUCUCUCCGAAGUGGCCCUAACACCGCGCCAGGAAGUGCUGAAGGAGUCAAAAUCCAAGCAGGAGGCCAUGCGUCCGGACACAACGGAAACCAUUGAACUGGUCCACGAGGAACUCAUGCAGCAGCAGCCAAUGGAAACUGAGGACAAUGCAAAGGACCAAGCUCUGGAAUCCAUGGCAAAAGAGAUAGGAGACCUCAAGCAAAUGGUCCUCGAGACCAUGACAACGCUCAAAGCCCAAUCUCCAGUGACUUCUGCCCAGAAGAAUCCUCCCGCGAGCGAAAGCAGCAGCGCAGGAAAUGGCGGAAAAGUCGAGAAGAACAUGAACAAGUUGCAGCUCUUCAAUGCCAUCAAACGCUACCUCAAUCCCUCGAUGGUUGCCCUGCUGCGAAUGGAGAUGUUCGGAGGGAUGGAUCGCGAGUGGAAGGAUGACGAGAAGGAAUUCUCCGUGGAGUUGUACAAUCUGGGACUCAAUGUCUACGAAUUCAUGCGCGACGAAUGGAGAUUUCGCCUUCCUCCUGAGAAAACCGUCAAGGAAUGGGCCAACGAAAUGUAAUUACGAACUCUCUGAUUAUAUUCAAAUCUUUUUAUUUAAAUUGAUAAUAAAAAUGUGCGUCUGUGUAUUAGAUAAAAAAA